AUGGUAGAGUUCCCGCUGGGAUAUCGCGAGGUUGUGCCGGAUCAGACUCUGCCAGAGAAAUGGAAGGAGAUCACUCUAAACACAGGUGGAAGCCAAAGUACAUUACAAGAUAUAAAAGUACCAGAGAGGGCAGGUGGCUACUCAUACAAAGAUUCUUCCAAGUAUUUUACUCGCAACCGCUUUAUUUAUUGGCGCAUUUGCCAUGAUGUACUUGAACUGGUUGAACAUAGCUUGGACAUUAAUCUUGCCAACUGUCGUGUGAGAUACAAAUUUACAGAUACUCCGAUUCUAGAUGGAAUUUCUAUUCAUGAGACAGUGAACUCUGUCAUUAUUUUGAUUGUCACUGUUUCCAGCAUCCACAAGCUAUCUUUUUCUCACCCGGAUAAGAUUCACAAUCAGGAAAACCUAUUGGGCACAUAUACUGACCUCAGUGUACAAUCGAUAUUCAGUGAAGCCUCUGCACAAAAUGCCAGAGAUCCUCAUACAUUUCACAUUAUUUCUAACGCUGGAGCCACAAACUCUCCAGUGCCUCAUGCAGCUGCGUCGUGGCUUACAUUGCCGCAAGAAAAGGCACUGUUCGCCCUUGCGUACAGUUCUGCUACCAUAUUGCUCCUGAGGCUAGACACGCUCACGGGUUUUGUGAAUACCAGCGAGUUGAAACAAGACUCGAUAAUGCCCAAAUUCUUAAGUGGCAUAGCUACUGCGUUCAGAGGUCGCAAUACCGAGGCACACGUUGCUAUGUCUCUUGUCAUACACAGUUAUGGUAAUGACACCUAUCUAUUUGCGUUGUGUCGAGAGGGCAACAUACGUGUAUGGUCUUGCGACAAGACGCAAUGUAUAGCUGUAAUGGAUGCAGCAACUGAAAAUCGUAUGGUGUCUCAAGGCGCGCAAGGCCACGUCCUGAGGAAAGCUUUGGGCAACGAUAACGAAUUAUAUCUUGGAACUUUCUUAAAAUUUAGCACAGGAUGUGAAUUUAGCAUUCUGAAGCCCGUGCAGGAUAAUGGCAUACUCAAGUUUGUUAGAUUAUGUACGUUAUAUGCGCCGGAUCAACAUCUGGUGGACUUUGCGUUUACGCCAACUAGAUUGUGGGCCGUGUGGAGAACUAUAGAUAUGGACGCGGUAGCGGUAACGCACGCACAGUUACCGCUAGCGCAUCGUAUCAAUCCCGAAUGGGAGACCGCGAUCUUGGAGCAAGCGCGCGAUAGAGAUUAUAUUGUAACUGAACCUGGAACGGAUCCACGGGAAGCAUAUAUCAAUUACAUCUUUCACCCUGGACAAUUUUCAUUAGCAGACAUCACAAAAGCUCUAAGCAUUUACAGAAGGUCCAAUGUAGUAACAGAAAUGACAUUUUCACCAGCCGUCUUGAAAGAACGAGUGUGCAUGGCUGUGGAAGCUGAGAUGCAGGCGGAAGUGAUGGAUUACGUGAUUAUGGACGAGGAUUAUCUCGAGAUCGCCAAUCGAUGCUGGUCGAAAUUUUAUUCGUGCGUCGUCCAGUAUCACGCCAACGGUACUCGUCCUGUGGGUCUGUUACUCCUGCCGAGUGUUUACGGCGUUGUGUUGCUAAAAAAAUCUUCGUUCUCACUUCUAAGACCUAUGGAAGCUUUAGAGCAUUUGAUCCUCUGCAACGACAAGUCCUACAUCUCUCGAUUCAAGACAACGCCCGUUUUGUCGCAAGACGAGGACACAUGCCAAGAUUUAAUCGUGCUGAUGUCCUCAUUGGUCAUGCUAGGAGAGCAGUUAUCUGAAGAGACCAAAACAGAAAUCGAGAGAGAAUUGUACCAUCUAAGAAGUCCAGAUAUCAUAAUCGAAGAUUUGCUAUCGAAAUUAAUGGUGGAACCCGACGAUCCGCUGACGGAUUUUGACUUCCAAUCGGAACUCUGUCAUAAACUGAGUAACGUUAAAGACAUAUCGGGUGCUAUGGCUAUGUUACUGGAGGCUUUAACAUACGAUCUCGGGCAGCCAAAUAAACUACAAUUCGAGGACGAUCAUGAAACUUCAAAAAUCGUAUUGAACGUCAGUCAUCUGUUCGGUAGUCAGCUAGGAAUUUCCGCGGUAGCGGAAACCAUAACGCAGAUAGCGCUCUUGAGAUUCUCCAUCUGCAGAGAUCUGUUGAUGCUGCAACAACUCAUACUGUUGCGUCCCGAGAUAUUUAAUUCGAAAUCUUUACAUACUAUAAGGUCAUCGUUGGCACCGAGAACCGUUGUACUUACUCAAGCUUACUACGUUGUCACGUGGAUAUGCGAAUCGACGGCAACGUAUACUCCUUCGCAAUCAUUACUUGAAUCCAGCAUUCAGCGUCUUUCAACCCUUAAGCUUGUCGAUUCGCGAAUUAAUGUUGGACAGAGGCAGCAUCGAUCUCUCUCGCUGUUAGAGUUAUUUAUUCAUAGCAGCGGCGCGAAACAUGCUCAUAUUCUGAUGGCUCAAACGAAUAUGGACCCAAUGACUCUGAUACCUUGGCAUUACAGUAUGCUGACCCAUGUGACGCUUAUCGCACAACUUGUUUGGCCGAUAUCUGGAAACUUUAUCUUCCCCGAAUGGUUACUCUCCAGUUGCCAAUUCCUGCUUGUUCAGGAAUAUGUGAGACUUUUGAAUACAUGGUGCGAGUGGAAUAGCGCCUCUAGGAAAUUUAUAUUGGCGGUUGCCUUACUAGAAAUGGGAGAGAUACAAAAGGCGUGUGAUCACUUUCUUCGUGCUUCCAACGGGAUAUUAACCGACAUGUUUUUAGUGGAUGCCUUACUCAACUCUAACGUAACGUCAAGGAAUAAAGAUUUGGUUCAUUAUUACUUGAAAAUUAUCAAGUUGUUCGAGGAACACAAUGCAUCCGACUGUAUCAUAGAGAUCGCCGAAACGGCAAUAGCGACCGCCGACACGGACGAUCCAAACUUGCCGACGCUUCAUUCCAUAAUAUUCGCGCAGCAUUUGAGUCUGGGUCACCACACAGAAGCUUAUCAUUGCUUGAAUGCAAAUCCAGAUCCUGUGCGCAGAGUUGACUGCCUGCGGCAGUUGGUCGUUACGUUAUUCGAAAAAAAAUUAUUAAUAGAUUUAAUUUCUUUUCCCUAUGUCGAUAUGUAUGAAGACCUCGAGAGAAUAGUAGAAGGUAGAGCUAGAAGUGUCGACCUUAUGGAAAAUAAUUAUUAUAAUUUUCUGUACAGUUUCCAUAUCAAUAAGCAAAAUAUGCGAAAAGCCGCAUCCAUAAUGUAUGAACAAGCUAUGCGUUUGAGUCAAGAACCUCAUUCCGCACCGAUAAUAUCGAAGCAGGCGCAAUGUCUACUGGCGUGUAUUAAUGCUUUGCAUCAUGUGAACGAAAAGUACAGAUGGAUUGUAAGGCCUGUAAUCGAUCAGAGCAGUCCUGGCGACAUAAAUUCGUCGAAUCCACAGAAAAAAAGAAGUAUUGAUGGAAAAGAGGUGUUACAUUACAAGAUAAAGAAACAAGUUGAAGUUCUCGAGUUGGAUGAUAUCAAGAAAGAGUAUUAUAUAGUAGAUGCAAGAUUAAAAAUAUCGAAAGUAAAUUCGGAAAUACAUAUAGUUGCACAUACUGAACUGUCUGAUCUUAUCGUUACUUUAUGUAGCACUGGUUUAUACGCAACGGCAUUACACUUAUGUGAUGAAUUUAAAGUUAGUAAAGCCUCUGUACUCAAAAGUUUGACUUCUCAAUGCAUCAAAUUAACCCAACAUGAGGAUUCAAACGCCUGGGACUGGCUAAUACAAAAUGAUAUAUUUGAUAUUGGAAUAUCUAACACAACUAUUACAAACACCGCGUGGAGAUUGUUGGAGUACUUUACAUUGAAGCACGAAAAUAGUGAUAACUGCGAACUACAUAGAGCUGUUGCACAAAAAUUACUGCAAGAUGGAGCUUUUCUGCCACAGUGGUUAUUAAUAUCAUAUAAAAAGCGAAACGCCUCGGAGCUUCUUCGUCUCAUGCUAAAUACCGGUCGAUUAGUGGAAGCCAGCGACUUAGCGAUAGAUUAUAUUAAUGCGGUAUUAGGCAGUGGUAAGGAACAUUUUGGUCUUGAAAUGCCAUUAGUAGCUACCGCGCCGCCCAUUUGGUUACCGCUUAAUACCAUAGAAGUACUUUUGAAUGAAUUGGAGCAUUUACGUAAAGACUCGGCUCAUAUAGAGAGCUAUGAGAGAUUAAAUUCAACAUUAAAGAAAUAUCUGGAGACGGUAGAACGCGUUUCGGAAGACAUGAUUAAAAUGAAAAUAAUGAACGAACAAUCCUAGUAAAUCAAGCAAACUUUUUGUAUCUACAGUUCGCGUAUCAUCUCUCAACUGGUCUCCUGUGAUGUACAUACUUGUGUCAAUUUAUAUUAAUGCAGUAACUGCAAACAGUAUAAAAAAAUUAUCACUUAUUUUUUAAUUUUGAUUUUUUUACGUCCAUUAAACAGUGAGUUUUCCAUUAUGUAAUAAGGGAAUUUGUUUGCGUGGUGAUUUAAAGUGCCAAGAAGAUUGUAAUAUACUUUACACAUCUUGUUAGAAUACAGUUAAUGGUAAGGAUGCUUUGUUGAAUGUUUAGAUUUUAAUCUUAAAUUAUUGUUUUUUGUUACAUUUCAGUAUUUAUUAUUAUUCCUACAGCUUUAGAAAAGCUGCAGAUUGCAUGUAAUGAAGUUAGGUAUAGACGUUAUCAUGUUCCCCCAUUUGUAUGUUGCAAUUUCUGCAACCUUACCUCUUCUGUAAUCUAACAAUGUUUAUUGUGUACAACAUUCUCAUUAAAGACUGUUCCUGAUUUGCGUCAUUCUGAAUGAUAGCAUAACAUUAUUAUACAUAAGAAAGUAAUAAUUUCUUCCAUUUUUACAUUAAACUUCAACAUCAACAAUUUUUUUAUUGUUUACCUCGCAUUUUAAGAACGAUGAUGUAACUCUAUGAUUAUAACCGAUAUUUU